GAGUCAGGUACGCACAACGAGCGGCUGAACCGCGUUAUUCGGAGCAAAUACGAGGCAGGUCUGCUCAAGCCGUAUGAUUAUGUCGAGGGCUACGCACGAUUGUCAAGGUGCAUAGACCACAAGUGCGUCGAUAUAUCCGCGUUGAGAUACGAAUUUGAUACCUUCUUUGUUUAUCGACAAUCGAAGCAGCAAAUUCUUCAACCUUUGUCUGUGCUACGACUUAAGUUCCGAGGUGUUGCACGAUCCCUACGCGAUAUCGACCUUGUAUUCAUAGAAGAGGCCUUUGAGCGAUUACUUCUUGAUUACGACCGUAUCUUCUCAUCCAUGUGUGUUCCAGCGUGUCUCUGGCGCCGAACGGGCGAGAUCUAUAAAGGAAACCUCGAAUUUCUUGUAGGCGUCGAUGACUACAUGAUGCGAGACGUGAGUUGCCUCGAUGUGAUUAUCAAGGGCACAAGAGCUUAA